AUGAACAGACCUAGUAUGGCUAAAGCAAGGGUGGGAAUUGAUUUAUUGAAGCCUCUUGUCCAUAACGUUUGGGUGGGAACUGAAGAUGACAACACUCCUUUAAGAGAUUUUUCUCAAAAAAUCGAAUAUGAAAAUAUCCCCAAAUUUUGUAAACAUUGCAAAAAGCUUGGACAUAAUAUGAUCAAUUGCAGAGUUCUAGAAAAGAUAAAUGAGACUGAAAAGAAAGAGGCACUACAAAAGGAUCAACAAGGAACAAAUCAACAACAUCCAAGAAAUCUGGAACAAGACAACAGGGAAACAAAGUUGCCUGAAGAAGCUGAAACAACUCCCAACAGAGGAAGGGAAAUGCAAAAUAAAAGGGAGACCAACACAGAAAAAACAAGAGGAAGAAGUGAACCCCCGAGGAAAGCUUAUAAACCAACUGGAAUUAUCUUUUGGCUUGAUAAACCUCAUCCUACAUCUACGACAGAGGUUCAAACCAAUGUAGAGAUCACAAAGAUUAAUAAUAAAAACAAGGCAAAUAAUCAGACCAUCAGUCAACUUAUGUCCUUCAAAUGCAAAUCUGAUAUGGUCAAUAGUGACACUUCCCCUGCAUCAAAAGAAAAGACUUGGAACAUGAGGUCGCUACUACUGAACAGAUCAAUGGAACAAGCGGUAAAGCGAAAGAGAUUGUCGUUGAGAAUAAUAUGA